CAACCACAUGCGCCCUUGACUCACAAUCCCGCGCAGCAAAGCACCUCUUGUAUCCAGCUCGCAGUUCUUACAGCUCUGGCUGUGAGAUUCCAGCCAAACAAUAGUUUCAACCCUUAGUUCCUUCCCACAGCGUGGGCGUCGCGAACCAUGGCCGACUCUCCGCCCAAGUACGUCUCGAUCGCCCCGCUGCUGAAAAAGCUGUCCGCCCCGGCACCUCAGGACAACAGCGUCAAGGCCGAAGACAUUGCGCUGGCCUUCUCCCGCACGUUCGACAACCAAUUGAACCCCACGCAGCUGGCCGCCCUGCUCACGCUCCUGCACUCGACGGGCAAGGAUCGACAUCCGGAUGUGAUUGCAAGGUGCGCGGCGAGCAUGCGCGACGCGGCGGUGCAGGUGGACAAGCAGAAAUUGAGAGAAGUCGUGCGGAAGAGGAAGCGCGGGAGUAUAGCCCUGGGGACCUACAGGGGCGGACUGUGCGAUAUCGUGGGGACAGGUGGAGAUUCGCAUUCGACGUUCAACAUCUCGACUACGGCGUCGAUCAUUGCGUCGCCGAUGUUGAUGAUGGCCAAGCACGGGAAUCGGGCGCAGACCUCCAUGUCUGGGUCGGCGGAUGUGCUGAAUGCGAUUCUGCCCAAGCCGCCCAGGAUAGAAGCGCUGAGUGCGGCGCUGUUGCCGGAGGCGUACGAGCAUACGAAUUACACCUUCCUCUAUGCGCCGAAUUUCCAUCCCGGAAUGAAAUAUGCGGCGACCGUACGGAGGGAACUUGGACUGAGGACAAUCUUCAAUCUAAUGGGCCCGCUUGCCAACCCCGUGGAGGCGCAUAUUGAAGCUCGGGUGGUAGGUGUCGCCUACCAGGAGCUGGGCCCCGUCUUUGCGCAGGCGCUGCAAUUGUCUGGUGCGACCAAGGCACUUGUGGUUUGCGGGCAGGAAGAUCUCGACGAGAUCAGUUGCGCGGGCAAAACCAAUUGCUGGUUGCUGAGAGAGACGGAGAAUCCAGAGUAUAGGGGCAGUCGGGAUGAAGAGGAGGAUGACGAAACCAGUGACGAUGAGGCGCCACCCAAAUACAUUUCGAAGGUGGAGAGGUUCGAGCUUGAGCCCGCCGACUUUGGUUUGCCUACGCACCCACUGUCCCAGGUGGGAGGUGGAGGGCUACCGAGGCAAAAUGCCGCCGUGCUGAUGAGCAUUCUGCGCAACGAGAGACCUCCCGAUGACCCAAUAUUGCACUUUGUGCUGAUGAAUAUCGCGGCAUUGUUGGUCGUGAGCGGUGUCUGUGAUGCUGAUAGCUGUGAAAGUGGUGAAGUCAUCACGGAGCGAGGGCCGGCUGGGGGAAGAUGGAAGGAAGGCGUAAAGAAGGCUAGAUGGUGCAUAGAAAGCGGAAGAGCCCUGAAAGAGUUCGAAAAGUUCAUAGAGUUCACCAACAGGGCAUAGAAUGGAGGUCCCCAAAAGUACAAUGCCAUUUGAAUCUUAUCUUGUCUGGAUUGCUCA